AAAAACAGCUCAAUUCAGUCAGAUCGGGUUUUCUUGUUGACCAAAAAAUAAAGUUUCUAGGCAGAAUUUUUAUAAAAAUUAAUAAUUUAAAGCUUUAAAAUGAGUGAUUCAUUUGAUGUAACACGAUACAAUAUAGCUAAUGAGCCUACUCCAGUUUUCCAGCAAUUAUCAGCUCAUUACAAAAAGUCUUACGCUUUUUUUACGAUGUCACAGAGAGUUCCAGUGAUUCUAACGAACAUUAUCGAUCGAUUAUCACGUGAAAAGGAUACAAUUGUUGAAAAGUAUGGAAAUUUGAGCCGUGAGGAACUAAAGCAAUGCAUUGGGGAAAUUGGUAAAUUAAAGUAUGAGCUACAAACUAAUAAGCAAAUGACUGAACUGCCUGGAAAUGAUAGUGAUCAGUACGAAUGGAAUAAAUUACUUCGUGAAAUCAGUCCAAAUGAUACAUACUUUACUGCUGUCUGGUUGUACGCUGAAUGUUAUGUCUACAGGAAGCUUAGAUCAAUUUUUGAGGAGACUCAGUCAUUGAAAGAGUUUGAUCAUUUUGAACAAUCAAAACAAUUGGAGCUUUCAAAAUCAAUGAAUGCCAUAUCACGUGUCAUAAAAACAGUCAACGAAUUUAACGGAGUUUUUAGAACACCAUCGGAAAUUGGUGAUUUCUUUUGUAAGCUACUUAAACAAGAUUUGUGGGGCAAUAGAAAUGAUUUGUCAAUUACUUUGGGCGAAGAGAUUAAAAGUAUUGAUUGUGAUCCACUACAGGAAAUAGAGAAGUACAAUAAUGAUUUGUUGAUUGAUCAAUCGCAAGAUAUUUGGAAGUGCAUUAAUGCUGAGAAGGAAGAUAAAGUCAUUGAUUUAAUUUCUGAUAAUUCUGGCUAUGAAUUGUUGAGUGAUUUAGUUCUUUGUGACUUUAUUAUUCAUCAUAAAUUGGCGCAAAAGAUCCGAUUCCGUGUUAAAGCAAUUCCUUGGUUCAUUUCGGAUGUACUUCCAAAAGAUUUUUACUAUACGCUUUCAGAGCUUGAAAAAAGUGAAGAUCCAGUUUUGAAAGAAGCUGGUCUUAAAUGGAGUGGAUACGUUAAAAAUGGACAAUUUGAAUUAAUUGAACCUGCUGAUCACUUUUUCACGUCCGGCUAUGAAUUUUAUAAAAUGGAAAAGAUUGCACCCACUCUAUACCAAAGCAUUGCAGAAUCACAUUUAGCCAUCUUUAAGGGAGAUUUAAAUUAUCGAAAAUUACUUGGAGAUGUAAAUUGGGAUCCAACAAAUGACUUCCGUACAGCCCUUAAUAAUUUUGAACCAACCAAUUUGUGUUCAUUGAGAACAAUCAAAGCUGAUUUAAUUUGUGGCUUGAAACCUGGUCAGUUUGAAGAACUAUGGGAAAAGGACGAUAAAUGGAUGUCUACUGGACAAUAUGGUGUCAUACAGUUCAUCAACAAACGCACUAAUUAAUGAUCUCGUCAGCAUGUCAUCAUCAUUAAACUUUAACUUAUUGUUUUCAUCAAUUGGAAAUGCUCAAAAUUUUGCUUGUCACUUAAACAUUUUAAUUUUUUGUUCCUUUCGUGCUAAAAGUACUAAUCAUGAUUGUUUUGAGGAACUAAUCUCUACUUUAAAGAUUGAGUUUUGAUAGAUGAAUUUAUUAGGUAUUGAUUUUAAAUUUUAUAAAAAUCUUGAAAGAAUUUAAUUAACGAUUUUAUUUUUAUUAUUUUGCUGACCUUGAGAGGAAGUUCCUCCAUUGAUUUGGGUUUCGUGCAUACAUUUCAGCAUUGAGUUUGUAUGCAACAAUCUUUCCGGAUUGUGAGCUGUUUACUUGAUUCAUUCGUUCUGAAAGUUCCUUAACAAUUGCUUCUUUUUGGCUGUCGGACGAGAUGUUGUAUAGCUUUUCUAGCACAUGUGAUCCGUUCCUUGAUAGUGCCAUUUUUAGGUACAUUCCUUCAAGAUGUUUUAUUAAUUUUUCACGUGACUUUUCGCCAAUAAACUUUGAUUCUAAAAAGGAAUCGGCAAUUCUUGAGCCUUUUGGAUGACAAAAAAUGUCUGAAAGAUGCUGUGGCUUCAUAUCCAAAAGAUUUUGUAUAAUUUUGAUUGGUUUAUUGAACUUAAGGAUGUGUUGAAGGAUUAAGGAUCCAUGUAAAUGCACAUCCACUUCCGUUUUUUCUUCAAUAACUUUUAAAGGCAUUAAGUUUGUGAUGCAUUGAAUUGUAAAAUUUGGUGAUUUUUCACAUUCGAGACAUCUCAAUAAACUCUGAAUAAAUUGUCCUUGUUUGAAGCUUAAUCGAUCACAUGCCUUACAAAUUGCUAAAACGACUCCAGUCUUUCCAUUUUGUAGCAGAUUCGCGAAUUGUGGAGUUAACUGAUUGAAUAUUUCCUCAUAAAUUUCUUUAUUCUUAACAGCAUCGAUUAAUCGUUGAACAGUAAAGUUAAAACUUGAGUCAGACAUUUGAACAAUGUAAUCCUUAAAAUAUGUAUUAUAUAUCUUGAGGAACUGCUUCUCAUCACAAUAUUGAAUGACUGAUUCAAGAAGAAAUUGAGCUGAUCUGUUGGUGAAUGGCUUUAAAAUUUCAAAAUUUUUCUCGUCACUAGCUUCUUCCUGGUCAUUGUCCUCGUCCAUAAAACAUUUCUUCAUAAUUGAUUUAAUCAAUUUCUUGAGCGUAUCCUGCUGUCCAAUAUUGUGUAAAACUUGACAGAGAAUCUGUAAGAAUGUUGAGGACUUUUCAUCAAAAGCUAGGUCUGCAAAUUGUGGCCAUUGAAUAAUUCUUGUUGCAAAGUCACAAGCAAUUUCUAUCCAUUCUGGAUUAAUUGUUUUCUGAUAUUCAGUCACUAGAUUUAUUUGAUUUGGGGCAUUUCUAUCGUGUGACUUAAUAUUAAUGAUUCCAGCUAGUGACAACAGACAUGUCCUUACAAAAUGAGUUCCUUGACUUUUAAGUAGGUCUUCAAUAUUGUUCAAAACAAAUUUUGAUAAUCUCAUCACUAAAUCAUUGCAGUAUUUAAUGUGUUCAGGUUUAACAUCCAGUUUUAGAUUAUACUCAAUAUCUGUUGAUCUUUUAGCAAACUUUCUCUUUUUCGUAGCUGGUUCAUCAUCAACAGUUUCCUCAUCUUUGAUGCUUUCAUUAGCCAGUGCUCUAAUUGUAGCAAUUCGCAUACAGUUCUCUAAAACAAAAGUUGACUUAAUGUCUGUAUACAAUUUUCUUGAAGACAAAUUUGAUGUGAACUUUUCAAAAUUUUCUGACGAUGAAAAUCCAAUUAAUGAGUCUGUAACUUUUGAUCCUAAUCCAUGCUGAGCUACUGCCUCAAACUGGUUAUCAGGAAUUGCCUCAAUAAAAUUAUUAAUUAAUAAAAUUCUGCUUUCAUCGUCAUUGUUUUGUUCAUUAUAAAGAUUUCUUGAUAUUUCCCUGAUGUAUUGAUUGAAAUCAUUAUCUAGCUCAAACUGUGUAUCCUGUACUUUUGUCUCAGUGCUUUCCUUUUUGUUACUUUUCUUUCCCAUGCUUAAUUCCACUAUAAUUAAUGAUUUUUAAUUUAACUCAAUUUAACUGAUGAAAACAGCAUGUAAUUU